AUGUGUAUACUACUUACAGAAUAUCAUGGUAUCAAUGGAAAUAUAUCACUUGAUCGUCGUGGAGAAUUAGUUACAUCAACACCAAAUCGUUAUGAUUUAACAUUAGGCUCUGAUAAAUCAUCAUCAUUGUCACGAUCUGAAGCUGGAACAUAUGAUAUAUUACAAGCUGAAAAUCGAAAUAAUAAAACGAUACCCGAAAAUGAUAUCAGUUCUAAUAAUAAUAACAUUUAUGUGAAUACAACCAAUCAUAAUAUCACUACGAACAAUAUUAACAAUAAUAAUACAAAUAAUAAUAGUAUUUCAUCACCUAGAUCACAACCGUAUAUAACAAAUGGAAAUGUUAUAAUAGCAAAUAAUGACAAUAAUAGUGAAACUGGUGAACCAAAGAAGAGGAAAUGGCCUACAGAAAAAUCAUACUUUUUAGCCAAAGAAUUAUUAAUGACCGAACGAACAUAUAAAAAAGAUUUGGAUAUUUUAAAUACAUGGUUCCGUCAAGAGUUAACAACUGAUGAUACUGAAAAAUUUCAACCUUUAUUUCAAUUAUUAGAUUCAAUGGUUCAACAUCAUAAUAUAUUUUUACGUGAUUUAGAACAUCGUUUAGUUUUAUGGGAAGGACGUGGUACACAUGAUACUCAUAGAAUUGGUGAUGUUAUGCUAAGAAAUAUGGCUGUAAUGCCAAUUUACGAUGAAUAUAUUGAAAGUCAUAGCGAAAUUUUACAUUUAUUUAAUGAAUUAUUCGAAACUGAUACGAGAUUUCAACAAUUAUAUCGUAAUUUCGAACAACAGAAAAUAUGUUAUCUACCAAUUGGAUAUUUAUUAUUAAAACCAUUACAUCGUUUACUUCAUUAUCAAUUAAUAUUAGAACGACUAUGUGAAUUUUAUACAGAUGAACAUUUAGAUAAAGCAGAUUGUGAUGGAGUUUUACAUAUGUUAAGACGUACAACAGAAAAGGUACACGAAGUAUUACCGGAUUCUGAAAUUUUUGUCUUAUUAUGUGAAAUACAACGUGAUAUAAAUGGUUUUAGUACAUUGGUACAAAAAGAUCGACAUUUAAUACGUCAAGGAUGUCUAUUAAAACAUUCCAAGAGAGGACUUCAACAAAGAAUGUUCUUUUUAUUUUCUGAUAUUUUAUUAUAUGGUACAAAAUCACCAGUGACACAAAAUUUUAAAAUAUUAGGACAUGUACCAGUUCGAUCAUUAUUAACUGAAAAUGCUGAACAUAAUACAUUUACAAUAUUUGGUGGACAGAGUGCGAUAACUGUAAGCGCUGGUACAACAGCUGAAAAAACAUUAUGGUUGGCAGAGCUUUCAAAAGCAGCAGCUGAUAUUAAAAAUAAACCACCGACAACUUUAACAAUCGGAUCAUUGAAAAAUUGUAACAUUUUAAAUCAUCUUCCUAAAUCAAAAUUAAGAUUUCUGAAACGUUUAUCUUUCAUUUUUGGGCAUGAAAAGAAACCUACCAAUGCUACUGCGAAAGUCGGUUCAUCCGAAGAGGGACUCGAAUUGUGCGGUUUAACAUCAACGAAUCUAACGAAUGGGGCCAAUAUAUCAUCGAUAAUAACAGGACAACAAACAACAGUAAAUACAGCCGAACAAAUCACAACACAAACAACAACAGUAGGAACUUUACAAAACAAAACGCCACCAUCGCGGAGCAAUACCGCUCUACACGUUUGUUGGCAUCGUGGCGCAACCGUAGGCUUAAAAGAUCACCUCGUGGCCGCUGAAAAUGAAUUAUCCGGUUAUUUAUUAAGAAAAUUUAAAAAUUCAUCUGGUUGGCAAAAAUUAUGGGUGGUUUUUACAUCAUUCUGUUUAUAUUUUUAUAAAAGUUAUCAAGAUGAUUUUGCAUUAGCUAGCUUACCAUUAUUAGGAUAUUCAGUUGGUCCACCAAAUCAUCAAGAUGCAGUCCAAAAAGAAUUCGUCUUCAAAUUAUCAUUUAAAAAUCAUGUUUAUUUCUUUAGAGCUGAAAGUAUACAUACAUAUAAUAGGUGGUUAGAAGUUUUGAGAAGUACAACUCAAACACAAGAUUUUAAAAACCUUAAUUUUCAUAGUUAG